AUGGCCUUCGAACUAAGGUUUGGAGGUGACCUGCGCCUUCGAAACCUGGAUUUCGGAGGCUUGGGCCGCUUCCGAAACCUAGGUUUGGGAAACGGCCCGCUCCUCCGAACUCCAAGUUUCGGAAGCGCUGGCCACCUCCGAACUCUGGAGUUCGAAGGGAGUUCUUUGAAGGUGCCUUGCGUCCAAGAGCUGGCCAAGGAGCCGCUCACCACCCUGCCGCUGCGCUAUAUCCGCUCGGAUCAAGACCCUCCGGCUGUGUCCGGCGUCUGUUCUUCCGCUCAAGUUCCGGUUAUCGAUUUACAGAGAUUAGUACUUGGUGAAGAUAACCCCGUCUCUGAGCUGGAAAAGCGCAAAGUGACGAUGGUUUUUGGGACCGACCAUCACGUGUCACCUCUGCAACUAGAUCUCGGGAAUAGAACCUCGGACUUAGUGAUGUCGGACCUCGAUGAUAGAAUUUGCAAGACAACAAAGUGCUCUUCAUUGGUGGAGAAAGUGAAGGUAGAGAAUAUUGAAGAAUUCUUCAACCUGCCGAUGGAAGAGAAGAAGAGGUUUUGGCAGGAACCUGGGGACGUACAGGGAUUUGGCAAAGCAUUCGUUGUAUCUGAAGAGCAGAAGCUCGAUUGGGCCGACCUUUUCUACAUGGUUACGCUCCCAACUCAUCUCAGAAAGCCUCAUCUCCUUCCAAAGCUUCCUCGUCUAUUCCGAGAAACCAUGGAAGCGUACUCGGCAGAAAUUAAAACCCUAGCGAUGAAGAUACUUGGCUUCAUGGCGAAACCUCUGAAGAUGAAAGACGGGGAAAUGGAUGAUUUAUUCGGGGAAGGAAUGCAGUCGAUGAGGAUGACCUACUAUCCACCGUGCCUCAGCCGGACCUAUACCCAGGGCCGGCACUGCCUAUCGCCUCACUCCGACGCCAUCGGCCUGACCAUCCUUCUCCAAGUCAAUGAAAUGGAUGGCCUGCAGAUCAAGAAAGAUGGACUCUGGAUUCCGAUCAAACCUGUGGCGGGCGCUUUCAUCGUCAACAUCGGAGACAUGUUGGAGAUCGUGACGAACGGGAUCUAUCGGAGCGUUGAGCAUCGAGCGAUUGUGAACUCGGAGAAAAAGAGGCUGUCAAUAGCGACAUUCCACAACACAGAGUUUGAUGGAGAUUUGUCACCGGCGCGUAGCCUGGUGACACCUGAAACAUCGGCAGUGUUCAAAACAAUGACAACGGCAAAUUUCUUUAAGGGACUUUUGACUCGUGAGCUUCGCGACAAGUCCUACCUAAAUGUCGUCAGGAUUUUAACCCGUCAUUAA